UGUUUUUUCAAAUAUUUUAUUAAACAAUUACAUAAAAAAUAAUCAAUAAACAACAAUUAAUUAUAAAUAGACAACAUGCUAUAGAAAACAUUAUUUCCAUAAAUCUCCCAAAAACAUUAUUCUUUUAAUAUUAUUAUUUAAGAAUUAAUAAUAUAUUUUAUUUAUUAUAAUUUAUUUUUAUUAUUUUAUAUAAAAUAUGUUUUAUUUACUUAAAAUAUAUCAUAUUUUAUUGUUUUUUCUAGCAUUUUACUUUAUAAAAUGGGACAAUUGAGCUACUAACAAAUUAUCUAUAUUCGAAAAUAAAAAAAUAGAAUAAAUCAUAAGAUUAUUGACAAAAGAAUAUAAAAACAUAUUUUUUAAAUUUUUUAUUAUAUUUUUAUCUUUAUACAUUAAAAGCAUAACACUAUAUUUACAUAAUACGAUUUAAUUUUAAAAAUUUUCUAUUGAUUAAUUUUUUUUGUUAUUAUUGAUUUUCAUUUAUAUAUACACAUGUAUUUAUUUAAUCUCUUUUAUUUAAAAAUAAAAAUCUUAUUUUUUUUUAUGUUUGUUCAACUUAUUUAAAAGUGAUAAUUUUGUUUAAAAAAUGAUUUAAUUUAUUUUUUAUGUACUUAAAUCAAUACAAGUAUUUAAAAUAAUAAUUAUUUAUUUAAAUUAUAAUUUUAAAUCUCCCAAAAAUUUAUAUAUUUCUUUAUAUUUAUAUUAAUUUACAUUUUAAAUUACUCUCUAUUUAUCUAAAAUAAGAUUUUCUAUCUAGUGAAAGCGAUGUUGCCAAUAUUAGUUUAUUAUUUACUUGUAUUUAUUUGUAUUGUAUAAACUAUUAUGUAUGUAACUGAAUAUAUCUAUUAAGAAAUAAAUAAAUCUAUUCACGAAUAUUUUCAUUCCUUAAUAAAUAUAAUUAGAUACAAUAGAAACAAUAAAAAUAAUAUAUAAUAGUUAUAUUUAAUAAUAAUAAACAUAUUAAAAUUUAAUAUAAAUUGUUUUAAUAUAUACACAAAUCUAUAUAGAAAUAAUUUAGUAAUAAUAUAUUUUUAGGAAAAAUUUCAAUUGUAUGUUUUAUUUAUAUUUAAUUAUUUCAAAGACUUACUUCAUUAUAAAAUAUAUAGUUAUAUUUAUUAUAAAUUUAUGUAUGAUUGAAGUAAAAUAUAGUUAAAUGAUCACUCUUUAUUCGUAUGUUGAAAACAUAGACCAGAUGGAGUUACUUGUCUAGUGAAUACUUUAAAAGUUUUGAGGUUAUAGCAAUUUUCUACAAGGACAACAUUAUCGUGAUAUAGCAUUGUUUAAGCAGAAAGUCGUCCUUUCACUCGGACGAAAGAUAGACUAUUAAAUUAAUUAUGUGAGCAAUUAAAGCUCACUAACUAAUUCUAUGUCGAUGAUAUGUCGGCUUCAAACAAUAUUAAAAUAAUGCAAGCAUACAGAUUGGCCUAUCUGGCCGUCUGACAAAUAUGAAUUUAUGGAAUAAUUUUGUAACUUUAAUAAUCGAUCAUGGUCAAGGAAAAACCAAAUUCAAUCCGUAUUUACGAUUCAGAAGGUUAUAGACGUAGAGCUGCAUGUAUCUGCGUUAAAAACGAUCUUGAAGAUGAGGUACUUUUGGUUACAUCCAGUCGUAGACCUGAUAGUUGGAUAGUACCUGGUGGAGGUGUUGAACCGGAGGAAGAACCUGCAGUAACAGCAUUGCGAGAAGUUCGAGAAGAGGCUGGUGUUUUAGGACAAUUAGGCAGAUGUCUUGGUAUAUUUGAGAAUGUGGAACAUAAACAUAGAACACAAGUGUGGGUUAUGAGAGUAACCGAAGAAUUGCCAGAAUGGGAAGAUUCACGCACUAUUGGUCGAAAACGAAAAUGGUUCUCUAUACCAGAAGCCUUGCUUCAGCUUGCUCAGCACAAGCCCGUCCAACGUUCUUAUAUACACAGCCUCCACAAUACUAAUCCUCGACAUAAUCCUAAUAUUUCACCAUCUCACCAUUCACAUACCACUGUAACAUCUAUUCAAUUAAUGAAUAAUUCUAGUAACAAUCCUCAUUUAAACAAACAUAGCUAAUAUUAAAUACCAUCCAUUUGCGUGAACAAUUGCUAUUGUGUUAGAUAUUUGUUACUACUCCUUUUCUUUCAUAUAGUUAUAACAAUUAAAAAAGUUAUAUUUUAUAUUUAAAAUGUACAUUCUCUUUUUCUUAUUUUUCUUUCCAUUCUUUAAUCUUUAUUUAUAGUAAAAUCUCGGUGGACUUUGUUACUAUAACUACUAGUGCUACUAUUAUAUAAUUAUUGCUAUUAUUACUAUUACUAUUACUAUUAUCAUUAAUAUUGCUAUUCUACUAUUAAUAUUAUUAUUAUACUACAGAUAUUAUUAUUAUUAUUUUUAUUAAUAUUAAUAUUAAUAUUAUUGUUGUUGUUGUUAUUCUUAUUCUUAUUAUUAUUAUCAUUAUUAUCAUCAUCAUCAUCAUCAUCAUCAUCAUCAUCAUCAUCAUCAUCAUCACCACCACCACCACCACCACCACCACCAGCACCACCAUUGUUAUUGUUAUUAUUAUUAUUAUUGUUAUUGUUAUCAUUAUUAUUGUUGUUGUUAUAUAGUUGUUGUUAUUAUUAUUAUCAUAAUUAUUAUUAAUUUUUAUUAUAUUAUUGUUAUUGUUGUUGUUGUUGUUGUUAUUAUUAUUAUUAUUAUUAUUAUUAAUUUUUAUUCUUAUAUUAUUGUUAUUAUUUUAUUAUUAUUAUCAUCAUCAUUAUCAUUGUCAUUAUCAUUAUCAUUAUUAUUAUCAUUAUCAUUAUCAUUAUCAUCAUUAUUAAUUGCAAUCAUUAUUUUCUUUCUUAUCAUUAAUGUUAUAUUUAUUCAUAUAAAUUAAUUAAAAACUGGUCCAUAAGAAGCAGUUUUUUCAACUUAGUUCUUACUUUUAUUAUAAUUUCAGGGAAAUAUUUCAUACAUAAAUAAGUACAUAAUUUUCAUACGUAAAGUGGAUGGUGUUUUAUGUAAAAAAACAAGUUCCGUAAUUAAAAUAUUUCUCUCAUAUUGUUUAAAUAUAUUCAAAGAAUGUUAUAAAAUCUCAUAAUGAAACACAUAUCUGUACUUCAAGAAUUUGUUUUGAAAAAAAAAAUUUAUUGAUAUGAUUA